AUGGAGAUGAGCUCCAUGGUGAGUCGGAUAGAGUCAGCUGAAGAGGGAGAUGAGGAUGGCCGCUUAAGAGUGUCGUUUUGGGAAAAAGAUUUCGAUUUGCGACCGUUCGUGAGUCCGGGCCCAGGUACAUCCGGCUUCUCAUAUGCCGAUGAACAGCGUCUGAUCGCCGUCUCGUCCUCUAACCCGUCGCCCAUCAUCCGCCACAAGAUCAAAUAG